CUCGCCAUGCGUCGUUUGCUUACACAAACAAAUAAGAUGGCAGACCCUUCUGAAAAGCAUAUUCUUUAAACUUUCAGAAUAUACUUCGAAUAUUUUGACGAGUCUAAAUAUUCUACUCGUUUCCAAGGAUUACGAGGUAUUUUUUUUGGUGCUUUGCAGCCGAUAUAAAACCCAUGGUUAUGGAAUUAUGGCACGAGCUCCCAGGCACUUCUGCGCUGUCCCAUGUCUGCAUUCUGGCCUUGACAGUAUUCGUGGCCGUCUAUUAUAUAAUGCACACAUUUCGCAAACACCAGGAUUUCUCCAAUAUUCCUCCUGGUCCUAAACCAUGGCCAAUAGUUGGCAAUUUCGGCGGGUUUCUGGUUCCCAAUUUCAUCUGGAGGAGGUUUGGAGGCUGGGGUGGGGAGGACGACCCAAAGUCAAAGACACGAGCUCUAAUUUCGCCUCAAGUUAUUAUCACGGAACAAGCUAAAGUUUACGGUAACAUCUACAGCAUGUGGGUAGGGAGUCAGCUGGUAGUAGUACUGAACGGAUAUGAAGUGGUCAGGGAUGCCCUCUCAAACCGGGCAGAUGUGUUCUCCGACAGACCAGAGAUUCCCACCGUUACCAUCAUGACAAAGCGGAAAGGCAUAGUUUUUGCACCUUAUGGACCAGUAUGGAGAAGGCAGCGCAAGUUCUGCCACACCACGCUACGGAACUUUGGCCUGGGCAAGUUGAGCCUGGAGCCUUGUAUCCUUGAGGGGCUGGCUGUGGUCAAGUCUGAGCUGCUGCGUCUCAGCGAGGAAGAUACUGAGGGUUCGGGAGUGGACCUGACUCCUCUGAUAACUAACUCUGUGUCCAACGUUAUCUCCUACAUCGCCCUGGGCCAGCGCUUCCACCACGCUGACCGGGAGUUUGGCGCCCUGCUGGACCUGAUGGCCCGCGGCCUAGAGAUCAUCGCCAACAGCGCGGCGGUCCUCAUCAAUGUCUUCCCCCUGCUCUACUACCUGCCCUUCGGUGUCUUCAGAGAGGUACGGCAAGUGGAAAGGGACAUCACUGCCUUCCUGAAGCAGAUCAUCACCAGACACAGGGAGACGUUAGACCCAGCCAACCCCAGAGAUCUCAUAGACAUGUACCUGGUAGAGAUGCUGGCCCAGGAGGCCGCUGGGGAGACGGACAGUAGCUUCUCAGAGGACUAUCUGUUCUACAUCAUAGGAGACCUCUUCAUCGCUGGUACUGAUACCACCACCAACACAGUGCUGUGGAUGAUCCUCUACAUGGCCGUGUUUCCAGAUAUCCAAGAGAGGGUGCAGGCGGAGAUGGAUGCGGUGGUGGGCCCAGACAGGGUCCCGUCUCUCACUGAUAAAGGCAGCCUGCCGUUCACGGAGGCCACCAUCAUGGAGGUGCAGAGGAUGACUGUGGUGGUCCCCCUGGCCAUCCCUCACAUGGCCUCAGAGACCACAGGGAUCCCACUGUGUGGGAGCAGCCAGACGACUUCAACCCCUCUCGUUUCCUAGACGACCAGGGGAAUCUCCUGAGGAAAGAGUGCUUCAUACCGUUCGGAAUAGGUAGGUUGUAAGGCAGUCUCUCUCGACGGACGUAUGUGGGUGUCCCAUUAGCGACUUGCUCUACGAUUGGCAAACGGGAGUGUAGUCACACGGUAUACACUGAGAAUGAAGCCUUUCUACUGUGGACAUUUACAGUUAGGCUCCUGUAAAAUCCACUGAAACAAGGUUGAAAAGGUUAGUUCACAAUCUCACUGGAUUGUUGAAGUCCCACACUGCCCCUACCUGAGUAUGAAGCAGUUAGGCCACGACUGAACAUUUCAAUAAUUUGAUUUCACAGUCUUACUGGAUUAUUGGAAUGCACGUAGUAUGACCAUGACUUAAUGUGCAUCUUACCAGUGUUCUCUCCCUCUCUUUCCCAGGACGCAGGGUGUGUAUGGGCGAGCAGCUGGCUAAGAUGGAGCUGUUCCUGAUGUUCACCAGCCUGCUGCAGGCCUUCAGUUUCAGCCUGCCCGAGGGGCUGGCCCCUCCUCCCAUGCACGGGCGCUUUGGCCUCACCCUGGCCCCCUGCCCAUACACUGUGGCUGUGAGGCCCCGGCGGUGAGGCCACCAGACGAACAACACCCCCUGACGCCGUAAUUAAGCCAUAAGGCACAAGAGGCAGUGGUGUAUCAUGAAUCCAGUCACAGGUAAACGGUGUUAGUUAGUCAACUCAUUUGUCUGUGACUGUAUUCAUGAUACUGCCUCGUGCCUUAUUGCUUUUAUAACACUGUUACUAAAAUUACAAUGAAUUACAUAUUUUAAUGAAAACAUUAUUUUGAUAAGUCAAUUCAUACCAUUUAAUUCUUCCACCAGAAGAUAUAGUCCAGACAAAAAUCAGGUUGUUAGUUCUUUUGGUCCUGUUGCUACAGACGCCACCCAGCCUUACAUUUUUUUGUUGCAAAGUUGCUAUGCAAAAGUACUGGGAGUCCAUUCUAAACAAAAUGGGUGCAAUGCAGGGGGACCAUGUCUGUUCCCAGGGCCCUAUGUUCCCAGGGCCCUAUGUUCCCUCUGCCCAUUUUUUCCCUCUGCCCAUUUUUUCCCUCUGCCUAUGUUCACUCAACCUGUUUUUUCCUUCAGCUCUAUCUUCUAAACAAGGCAACAGUAAAUAUUGAAGACAAAAACCUUCUGUUAUGUGAUAAAAUAUUUUACAUAGCUUAUAUUUUUCUUACCCUAUGGUAUUUUGGUGUGUUAAUCCACUGUUACUGAUGCCCAGUGUUUCUGUUACAUGUUUUUGAAAUACGUAUUUCAAUUACUUGAGUAUUUUGUCAUUUGUAUUUCACUGGCCUGAAAUAAGUUUAAAAAUCUAAAAUUAUUUUGAUUGUCUAUUGCAUUAUGGCAAUAAAAUAAAUCAAAUGAU